GACCACACACAGUGGCACUCCGCACACUCCGCCUCCUUUGAUAGGGGGAGAAGAGACCAAGACCUGGAAGAGCAAAGCAAAAGCUCCCUCACGCCCACUCACCCACCAAGGAACCACACGCACGCCAGACGCUCGGACCACUUCCUUCGUGUACUGCCCUCAAAUAAUUUCUCUUCUCGCGAAGGCUCCUCCAAACUUCCGCGCAACCACCUUCCAUUGUCCUAGCGCUUCGCCAUUGUGUGUUUUCUCUUUUCAUCGCGCUCCCAUCGGAACAGCAUUGAAUCCAUCACCCGAGGCCGCGCCACUCUUGAUAUAAGACUUCCAAGCGCUCAACGCGUCCAAGUCCAAGUCUGCACACGACAAACAACCUGUCACGUCCCCGUCGCGAUCCUUCGCUGACAUCACCCUAACCGACCCAAAAUGUCACGAGAAGGUUCUCCAGUCGCGCCCGCCUCUGAAGCCGCGCAACCAGCUGUCGAGAAGAAGGAGGAGGACGCGCCUAUUGCCCCUGCUGCCCAAGACAUUAAAGAGGCCAUUGCGGCCGAGUCCAAGGCUGCCGUCGAGUCUGCUCCUGCCGAGGAAGCCUCUGACAACAAAGCGGAAGAGGCAUCAGCUGCCGAGAAGACCGCCGAGCAAGCCGAAGAGAAGCCAGACGUCGAGAUGACAGACGCUGCCGAUGCUUCUGAGGCUGGAGCCCCAUCCCAACCAUCCGCCGACAACAAUGCCGAUGCGGCCCCCAAGGCUAAGGCCAACCGCAAGUCAAUUGGUGCUGGCGAGGCCAAGGGAAAGAAGCUGAACAGAAAGGCAUCAAAGCCGCGCAUUCUGCACACCGACGCCCAGCCAGGCCAAUACUUCUUUGUCAAGCUCAAGGGCCACCCGCAAUGGCCAGUGAUCAUCUGCGAUGAGGGCAUGCUGCCCGACUCAUUGCUCAAGUCUCGGCCAGUAACUGCCAAGCGGCAAGACGGCACAUACCGCGACGACUACGCCGAUGGCGCCAAGAAGGUCGCCGACCGGACUUUCCCCGUCAUGUACCUCUACACCAACGAAUUUGGCUGGGUACCAAAUGGAGAGCUUAUCGACCUUGACCCUGAGGAGGUUAAGAAUAUCAACACCGACAAGAUGAGGAAAGACCUCCAGGCGGCUCACAAACUCGCCGCCGAGCAACACCCCCUCCAGUUUUACAAGGAUGUUCUUGACCAAUACCAGGCGGAACAGGAGGAGAAGGAGAGGGCCAAGGCUGCGAAGGCGGCUACCCCCAAGGGGAAGAAGAAGUCGUCUGCUGUCGUCGAUGAGGAUGUUGAUAUGGACGAUGAUGCCGAGAACAGCACACCUCCCAAGGAGAAGAAGUCGAAGAAGAGAAAGGCGGAUGAGCCAGCAGAGACUCCUCAGCGCACAGAGUCAGUUAAGAAGACCAAGAUUAAGCUGACGAGCAACGCGACUCCCAAGGCAACCAACGGUGCCACACCUUCAGCCAAGGCCAAGCCUGAUGCGAAGGCCACAAAGACCAAGUCUAAAAAGACAAAGGACGGUGAGGAUAAGGUCGAGAAGGAAGCUUCUGAAGCUCCCAAGGAGCCCGAGUUGUCGCCACAGGAACAGAGGGAGAGAAAGGAGCGGGAGGUGCUUUUCCUGCGGCACAAGCUCCAGAAAGGUCUUCUUACUAGGGACCAAGAGCCCAAGGCGGAGGAGAUGGCCACCAUGUCCGAGUACAUCACUAAGCUCGAGGGCUUCCCGAAUCUGGAGGUCAGCAUCAUCCGGACAACCAAGAUCAACAAGGUCUUGAAGGCGAUUCUGAAGCUGGAGAAUAUUCCCAAAGAGAAGGAAUUCAACUUCAAGUCACGCUCUCAAGUGCUGCUCAACAAGUGGAAUGAACUUCUUGCGGUUGAUGGAGGAGCGGUGGCUCCAGCUCCUGCGGCCAAGGCUGUCAACGGCACAGCGCCCAAAGAGGCCAAGACCAACGGUGUCAAGGGUGAUGAGCCCGCAAAGGCCGAGAAGGAGGAGGCCAAGGAAGAGCCAAAGGAGGAGAAGAAGGAUGAAUCUCCAGCGGAGAAGACCAAGGAGAAGUCUGAGGAGGCUUCAGAGCCUGCAGACAAGAUGGAUGUUGAUGAGGCCAAGCCAGAUGCUGUUGAGGCGUCCGCCUAA